AGCUCGUCGUCCGUCCCAUUUUCUCCUCGUUCCAUUCUCCCCUCUCCCCAUCCAUCACCUCUAAAAUUCCUGCAGUUUUCAUCGUCCCUGCAUCGCAAUUUGCUUCCCCGAUACACAUUCGCUACUCUCUGCCAUAUCCGAGCCAGCCAGUUGGCUUCUUCGCCACGGCCCCGCUUGGUUGCCCUGGAGACGAGGCGAUUAACGGCUCCUUCCGUCAUUGACGAGCUGGGGCUUGCACAUUAUUCUCACCACAAGAGCGGAGACCCGGGAAGAUCUUUCCUUUCCUUCUUUUUUUCCCACUCGUCUCCAUAUCUACGCCUCCCCUGUUUUUGGCCCAAACUCGCGUGGUACGGAUAAGUACGCGGAGCGCUUUCACUAUGGCGGACAGCUUGGAGUACCUCGCGUCUGAUUUUGACCUCAAUUCCCUCACCGUACCGCGUCUGCGAUCCAUCCUCGUCAGCCACGAUGUCCCCUACCCGGCUUCGGCCAAAAAAGCACAGCUCAUCGCCAUUUUUGAGGCAGAGGUGCUCCCUCUCGCCAGAAAGCUUCUGCGAGAGCGCGAGCGCGUGAGAAGGACCAGCGAGGGUAUCACGGAUAUGCCAAGUCGCGGGGCAUCUGUGGCCAGCGACUACGACGAACAGCGCGAGUAUACCAGAGACUCUAUGCCACCACCACCUACCCCAUCUACUGUAUCAACAACCACUGGAGGACGGAGAGGGCGCUCUAGAGUGAGUGCGAGAGCCUCGACGGCGGACACGGAGGAAAGAAAUAUGACCGCGACCCCGUCGGCAAGCUCAAGAAAAUCGGUUCCCAGGUCUCAGGCGAGACGCCAUCGCACCUCAGACACGGAGUCGCAUGAUGACGCGCUAGCGACCCCUGUCGCGUUCGAGACUACAACCCCGCGAAAGUCCACUGUUAAAAAGCCACGGCGAAGCGACAUGACUCCAUCAGCGGAGCCCCAACCGCCUUUUUCUGCCAUCAAGUUGGAACCCAAGGAAGAAAGCGUUUUCACUGAUGAUAAUCCAUUCCAGAGUGGAUCGCCAGCCCGCUGGGAGCACAGGACUCCCAGGGCUUCUAGUCACAAAUCGGAGCGGAAAAGCGGUUCGCGAUUCUCUCUGGAAUCUCCUGCCCUCAGCAACGGAGUUCGAUCUCGGAAAUCUGCAACACCAAUGGAGCUGCAUGAUGAACAUGGGUUCACUCCUUCCAAGAGCUCACCGUUUGCAUUCCCGAUCUCGAAGAUGAGGACCCCUCAGAAGGAGCCCGAAUCAGAAAAUGAGGAGGAUGACCAGAGUGAACUGAGCGCAGGGGAAGAAUUCACACCGGAUGAGCAGUUGGCGCUGGAGAGGGAGCAUGCAGACUUGAUGUAUGGCGCUCCCACCAGGCGGCCCCAGAAGCAGGGAUCCGCAAGCCGAGCUGCGCCAUGGAUCAUUAUCCUGGUGCUUUUUGCUGGAUUUGGGCUGUGGUGGCGCAAGGAAAAGGUUGAGAUCGGCUUCUGCGGUAUUGGAAAGCCUACCUGGUCCUUGGCUGAGACAAGAGUCCCCGAGUGGGCGAACGUCCUAGAACCCCAAUGUGAACCCUGCCCUCCCCAUGCUUUCUGCUACCCUGAAUUUGAGGCUCGCUGCGAACACGACUUUCUGCUCAAGGCACACCCGCUAUCGCUGGCAGGGCUGGUCCCGCUCCCCCCUACGUGUGAGCCCGACAGCGAGAAAGCACGCCGGGUGAAGGCUGUCGCAGACAAGGCCCUGGAGGCGCUGCGUGACCGACGGGCCAAGUGGGAGUGUGGAGAGCUUGCACAGGAUGGAGAAGGCGUGACGGGCCCGGAAAUCAGCGAGUCCGAUCUGAAGCAGGAAGUGGGAAAGAAACGUCGUAAAGGCAUGAGCGACACCGAGUUCGACGAACUGUGGAAAGGCGCACUGGGAGAGGUGGUGGGUAAAGAGGAAGUGGUGACCAAGGUGAAGCAACCAUCUUCUGUCCUCACCCUCACUUCGACCUCCAUCCGCCGACUCCCCCUCACAUGCGCCUUCCGCCGCAACCUCCGACUCUCUCUCGUCGCGUAUAGACUACCUCUUUCAGUUCUAGCCUUCUUCGCCUUCGCCUUGCUUUAUGCGCGUUCAAGAGUUCGGGCUCGUCGCUCCGACAGGGCCCGAGUCCCUGAAUUAGUCGCCACGACGCUCGACCGCCUCGCGACGCAGGCCGCGCUGCACGCUCGGGGGGCUGCUCGCGAGCCGUACAUCCCAAUUGGGCAGCUCCGUGACGAUGUCCUCCGUUCCGAGCUGCGCGGUAGUCGGCGGGAGGAGCUCUGGAAGCGAGUCCGCAGCGUGGUGGAGGGCAAUGCCAACGUCCGGGCCUCCGUUCGCGAGGGCCGCGGCGGCGAUGUUGCCCGCAGCUGGGAAUGGAUCGGAGGGAUUGGUAGCGUUCGGGCUGAGAUCGAGAGCGCCGCUGCCACCGGCCGCGAAGCCAGCAAAGUACAUUUUCCACCUCUCUCCACCGAGCACAGCCGUAGCCCGGCUAACGAGGCGACUGCGCCAGUGGCCAGGAGCCCGGGCGAAUCGCGCAAAUGGGAUGAGGGUCGGCCCAUCUACUAAGGGUCCUGUCGUUCAACCAUUUCUUCUUGGGGUCAUUAUUUCUUUUGCUUUACAUUAUUUUACAAUGUUGUGUGUACACAGGUUUCAGAUUCUUGUCUUUCCCCCCUCCUUUCUUGUCUUUUCUUUCCAGGAUAUCCAGACAGCUCGGUUUCAGGACGUUGAAUUAGGCAGGAUACUGCAUUUUAUUUGUGCGGUUUUGGUCUAUAUGCACCUACCCCCCAAACUGGUACGGUAAUGGAACGCGUGCACAGGCGGCCAAUCCUCUCCUGGUGCAGACAACCCGUGUUUUUGAAAUCAUACGCUUUGGGCCUUUCCCCCGGGGUAUGUGGCAAGAAGUACUCUACAUAUUCUCCGUUCGUCUAUCGGUACCCUACACCGCGCACGUAGUCGACGACUCCAUUGUUCACUGC